AUGUGUGGCCCGGUCAAUGCAGUUUGGGAAGACGAGAACAACUCCAUUGAUGGGCUUGAGUUUUCGUGGCUUUCUAGGGUUCCAGGGGUUCCAAGGGUUGCCCAGGAGCCCCUAGUAGUGUCCUUGCUCCUAGUAGUAAGGCCAGCUCCUAGUAGCUUCUUGUUCCUAGUAGACCCGAGUUUCCGCCAUUGCUCGACCGGUCCCUCUUUCAUCCUCCUUCGGUCCAGGCGGAUGCUCGCUGGGUGUUUGAACCUUGAGUGUCAGAAGUUCGAUGACAAAACGCGGUCCGACUGGAUGAAAUUGAUGGAGGCUCAUCGCCAGGCUGUCUCUCUGGCAAACCGAUUCGCCCUGCUGGAGGAGGCAUCCGACGAAGAGGCGCAGACCAGAAGUGUGGAGUGGAGAGGCACGCCGCCGGUGGAUGCGAAGAAAGGCUUAGGAGAAGAGGAGUGUGUGCCCUUGCCAUCCGAGCAGAUCCUGAAUGAUGUCCAGCAGCUGGAACAGCUGCAGCGCUCGGCGCGGGAGCAGGUGAAGGGCCGCGAGCGAGAGGUGGACCCGGAAGGCUUGGAAAUUCUGAGGCCUCGCAGCGGAAAGACGGCUGUGGCGAAGUUCCUCACGAAUGCCUGUUUGCCGCGGAAUUACGCGGUUCAGUGGCAGAAGCAGAGCACCCGGCCCAGGAAGGUCCUCCCGAGCCCCGCCACUCCCAAGUGCGACUGGGACGAUGCCUGUUGCAUCGUCGAGGCCGCCAGCACCUUGUCGGUGCAUUUGGGCCCUGAUCGAAUCGAGAAGGUGCCGCCGAGGACUUGGCUCUUAUUGGAGCCACCUGAGCCCGGCAACCGCGCCGUGCGCUCGCCCGACCGACAGAACGAGUUUAAGGAGCUGGUGCACUUUGUGACGAAGAAGAACACCUGCUUGUUAUCCUCCUGCGCCGGUGGUGGUUGGUUGGAAGAUCAACCAGGCAUCACCCUGCUCCGCCCGGUUCCCGUGACUCGUUUACACCAUCGGGCUGCGGAGGCCAACUUCUGCCGCGCCAGCGGAGGCGUGUCGCUGCUGGCGUUGCGGCACGCGCAGCGAGCGCUGGAGCUGUUGAAGGACGAGAGGCCGCCGGAGAAGAUUUGGUUGGAGAAGCCGGUGGGCUUCGCGUUUCCUCCGGCCAAGCCCAUGAGGGAGGAGGACGAGACUACGCCUUUGGUGCCUUUAGUGCCUUUGAAGGGAUGUCGUCCGGCUUCGCCCUUGACGCCACCUCCAUGGCCCCAAUUUCUGGAGGCCUUAGAGGAUCGCCCGGCCUCGCGCUGGGCCGAAACGCCGGAGACACCGGACCUGUCGGCCAGGACCCUCUCCCCACGGCCCACCACGCGUGGCUCUGCAACCUCCGGACGGCCGGGCACAGGAGACUCCAUCGCUCGCAGCGCGCGCGUCGAGGCCCUGGUCAGCUCCCGCGUUUUGGCCUCGGAACGCUGCGCCGAGUCGGCCAGGCAAUGGCAGGAGAGCUGCUACAAGAAAGACCUGGAGUCCGAAGAAGAGGAACGCCGCUUCCCUCAUGGCCAGUCCGUGAUGCAGAAGGGUUUCCACGCUUUGAUGGAGUUUUUGGACUUCACCAACCGGAGAUAUGGCAACCCCGCCAGGACCUGGUUCAAACUGGAUGCAGAAGCGAAUAUGCGCUUGGGCAUGCGCCAGUUCGAACGGCGCUGCAUGGACAUUGGUUUCCGUGGGAAUAUCCCAGCACUAUGGAAGUACAUGGAUAAGCGAAACACCGGUGUGGUGAGUUUGCUGGAGCUUCAUACCGUCACGGCGAUGGAACUGGCACGCUUCAAGCUGCUGAUCCGUGAACGCUUCAGGGACAGCGCCACGGAGAUGUUCCGCUUCCUGGACGACAACCGCAGCGGCCGUGUGAACCGGGUGACCUUCUCAGCCCGGCUGCAGACGCUGCACUACGCAGGUAAGUCUGCCAAGCUCUUUGAGUAUUUGGAUCGACAAGGCCUGAAGUGGACACCCUCGGGGCGUGGUGGACCGCGGGUCAGCGAGAAGAGCCAAACAGCCGAAGCGGCAAACCUGAAGUUUGAGAUGAUAGUGCGUGUGGUGUGUGGUGCCCUGGGUCAAAACAAGCCUGCCCCUCGUCUCACCAGACUCUUCCUCUUGUGGGCAGAUCUUGGAAAGAAAGUGCAAGACCUUUGCACCAAUCACUUCGCAACGAAAGUGCGGACCAAGACUGACAUUCUUGCCGCAGGUCUCAGAAUGGGCGAACGCUUAACCCAACUUAUCGCCGACACAGCUUCGCGGGAGUACAACGGCGGAAGCAGGCGUGAAAGAGGAAAGCGACAAGCUGCUAGGAAUCUGAUCAGGAGGAUUCAGAUUCGUGGGUUGGUGGAUCGCCAAGCUGCACGAGCUGGGAAAGCUCUUUGGUUGCUGGAACAACACCACUCAAAGCCUAAAUACAAGCUGGACUUCCAACUACGUGAAAGGCUGGAAAGUUCCUCAAGUAUGCCAUGGAAGAAACAAUACGAGAGUUGGCAGGAGCCGACAUACCCAGCACAGUACUGGGGAAGCUGGCAGAAAUCACCCAAGCCGCAAAGGGCCAAGAAGGAGAAAGAAGAUCGCUCCAAGCCCUUCCUCUACGGACACGACGGAAAGCGCGUAGAGAUACAGGACGGUUCCUUUUCCAAGUCAUUCUCCUCCUCAUCACACACUGGGCCACCAGAGGAUGCUGCGAAAGAAGAGAACAAAUUGCUCAAGGACACUAUUCGCAAGUUGCUCGACCAGAAGGGCCCAACGCCGGAAGAUCUGUUGGAUCUGGAAAAGAUCCUUGCCAAAGAUCCAAGAGAGGAGUUGAGAGAGAGACAACGCCACUUAAACCAGGACAGACGAGCACUCAACAAGUCCUCCAGGGUGAAGGUUACAAUGGACGAAUCAGAAAAGAGCUUCAAUUCCUGGAAACACGUGAUCGAAGCGGGACUCGUUCAAGAAGAGAGAAGGCAUUUAGCAGAAAUGGCAGAGCUUCGAAUGGAGCUGAAGGUGGCGGAGAAAGGGGAGAAUGCCAUGGACGAUGCAUGGAGGGUGGAGACGACCCUCAGAGUACGCCUCAGUAUGGAGAAGCGGAAUGCCCAGCUGGUAGAACAGGUUGCUUUAUUGACCCAGACUCUGCAUGGGAAGGAUAUUCGAGAGGAAGCGAAUUCUUUUUCGCCACAAUAUCCUAUGCGCAGGCCCAUGCCCUUAUCCAAGGAGGAUUUACCAGCAGACGCUCCUCGGGAUGUCGACAGCCGUUCUCGAUCCCCUGCAAGGAUGGAAGGAGUGAAGCCGAUCGAGCUUCCUUCAACUUCUGUCGAGCAGAAACUAGAACCCGAUGGUGCUUUGAGCGGACUCUCGGAUUCAGCUCGAUCGAGUGUUAUCCAGCAGAUCAAUGCCAAUCCGCAGGGGUUUUCUUCCAUGGAGGCGGUUUAUCCUCUGAUAGAGUGA